UUUUGAAAAUUGAGGUUUUGUAGUCAACCAGUAACAGUCACCAGUCAAUAUAAUUUGUAGUUUGGACCAGCUUUAGUUCUUCUAGUUUACUAACUUUUUAGUAGAUUGUGGUGCUAUUUUCCAGGCUUUUCAUUAACUGAAGUUUUCAAUCAGAGAAGAGGAAGCAGCCACCUGACUAUAAGCAACAGAAUAUCUGCUAAACCAUUUUCUACCCAUUUUUCUGCAGUCAGCAAUUAGUAUCGGAACUGAAAAGAAAUAAUUGAAAAUGAAUGCUAAACAAACACCUGUUACGCCUAGACCGUCCUUGCUUCCAAAGGUAGAAUACAAGCAUAAAUGUAUCAAAUGUGAAUCAACAUUCAAAAAUAUGAUUUUGCUCCAAAAGCACACCUGUAAUGAAACAGAAUCAUCUUUGAACUGUCCAGUGUGCCUUAAGCAGUUUAAUGAUAUCGCAUUGCUAAAUACGCAUAAAAAAUGUCACGCAAAGUCCAAUUUGCUAAAAAAUGCUAGUCCGAUAAAGAUGAACUCGAAGAAAACCAUUCAAAAAUCAUCGACAACUAACAACAAAACCCCAAUGAAAUUGAUUGACAAAACUGUUAAAUGUAGAGAAUGUUCAAGAGCAUUUGAGUCUGAUGAGAAAUUAUCUAAUCAUGUGAGAAGCCACAAGUCACUUGUUUGUCCUUCAUGUGCUACUUCGUUUUCGUCUAAAAUCUUACUCGACAAACAUCGUACAAUGAACUGUGUCAAAGUCAAAAAUGCCAAAGCACGUAUAUCAUUUUCUGUGCGAAGGCCGACUGUGCACACUCCAUCUGGGAAAUCACCAUCAUCAACGAUAUUGAAUUGUGAGAAGUGCGAAGAGAAGUUUACCACGUUUUGCAGUUUAUACACUCAUAAAGUGCAAGUUCAUGGAAUGGAUACUCCGGACAAAAGUCUUCUGACUGAAACCAAAAAAAGUAAUUUGAAAACAAAACCUGUUCAUGGGGGAAUUCCGCCGAAUGAGCGCUUAAGAAAGGCAUACGACAAUCUUAGGAAGAAACUGAUCGAAGCCGGUGACAUAGUAGUCAAAUAAUUAAGUGCAUACAUUAUAUUUUACUCAGAUAACUUUUUAAGAACGUGUAAUGAUAUCUAUAAUCUUUAUUGUAAUUAUUUUUUAAUUUUAUUCAUUUCCAACUAGCACGGUGUAAAAGUUUUAAAGCGUAAACUGGAGAGGUUUGGUCACAUAAAAGACCCACAUCGAUUGAGAAAAUGUCACACAUCGCUAGAUUUGAAUAUUUCGUUGGCCAGUAGUGGUGGUUUAUAUUAACAGUGGCCAAUAGGAUAAUUUGUAGGAGAGAAAGGUGUUUAAAUUUGUCCUGUACAGUAGUUCUAGUAAUGCAAUAAAAUAUUAUAUACCAGUGUCA